UAUGUUAUGUUAAUGAGACUGUAGGGAUCUGGCAAGCACACAGAACACUGUGUUCAGCUGCCGUAGAUCACUCACAGCAAGUGGGCUUCACUUAAGUCUCGCAGUGCGGUGCACUCUCCUGAAAAGGUGUCCUUUCUCAAGGAUUAGCUUUUUUAUAAACUCUGAAUUGCUCUUUCAUCCCGGCUUCAACCUCCGACCCGGGAUAUAUAGUUGUCAUCGCACGUACGUAGAUAGUAUUUCCCCCUCACAAGAUGGCUGACGCAGUGUUUUUACCGAAUGAUAACCAUGUAUCGUCCUUUGAAAUGCCAACCCAUGAUGUGAAUGGAGCUGGGAAUGAACAGGAAUUGAUACAAAAUGGGGGCAUGGUUUCAAACGGACAUUCAUACACAGUGGAUGAUGUUAAGCGAGUUGUGAAUUCUGGUCUAAGCUUAGAUAGAAUGGUUAUUGAAUCGCAGGGAGAACCUGACGCAGCUCCCUGUGAGGCCUUUAACCCUGAUUCUAUCCACAAAGAGCCCCAAGCUGCUGCAAAAAGAUCCCCCUCCCCACAGAUACCACCUCCUUCCCCAAGAUCAGAGCAGGAGGCAUCCCCACGGCAGAGCCCAUCCCCAUCCCCAGGUAAAGGAACACCCACCAAGAUUCCAUCUCUAAGGCAGAGGCCAAGAUCAGUCGGAUCUUAUGACGAUGUUGUGAGGAGACCACAAUCUCCAAGAAAGCAGUCUCCGAGACCCAACUCUUGUGUGCUGAAGUCGACUUCACCAAGAAUCAACAGUAGACAGGAGAAUUACAUACCAGGCGGUGGAAACGUCAAAAUUGCUACAGUCAAGUCAGACAUGUCUGGUGUCAAGUCUCGUACAGUCAGCCACACAGGGCACAAACCAGGAGGCGGUAAUGUCAAGAUAUUUGACAAGAAGGUGGAUUAUUCUCAUGUCAAAGCUAGGAGUGACAUCGGCAGUGGGAAGGCAACCAGCCCAAGCCCUAGGAAGUCAGCAUCCUCGGAGCCUACAUCUCCUCGUGCUAAGACGAUGUCCACUCCUAUUCCAAACACCAAGAAUGUCCAGUCUAAGAUCGGCUCCAAGGACAACUUGAAGCACACACCAGGCGGAGGAAAGGUGAAGAUUCAGACGGAGAAAGUAGAUUUCACCACCGUACAGUCAAGAUGUGGCUCCUUAAACAACACCAAGCACAAGCCAGGUGGCGGAAAUGUCAAGAUUCUGGAUGAAAAGGUGGAGUUCACCUCCAAAGUCCAGAGCAAAGUGGGAUCUCUGGACAAUGCAACUCACACCCCUGCUGGGGGUAAUGUCAAGAUUGAAUCGAAGAAGUUGGAUUUUAGCAAAACAUCAUCGAAGGUCGGAUCAAAAGAUAAUCUGAAACAUCAGCCUCAGGGCGGAAACAAAAAGAUUAUAAAUGAAAAGAUUGAGUUUAAAGCAGAAUCAAAGAUCGGAUCGAAGGAUAAUAUCAAACACCAGGCUGGAGGUGGGAAGGUUAAGAUCCUUAAUGAGAAGGUUGACUUCACUGCUAAGGCUGCGUCUAAAGUUGGCUCCAAGGAUAACAUCGAGCAUAAACCAGGAGGGGGAAAUGUCCAGAUCAUGGAUGAGAAGCUAGUGUUUAAGGACACCGCCUCUCCACGGACUGAUACAGGUGUAAAGGAACCCAGGUCACCGGGCGGGUCACUCUCGAGGUCAUCUCGAGGCUCCAGGUCAUCUGUGGGGUCACAGGAGGGCAAGACUGAAUGAAUCACGGCCACAAAGGAAUCAAAGAGGUGAAUUCUCUCUCAUCACUAUCCCAGAGCCAUUGUCACCCAUUUGGGAUAUAAUAAAUACCCAGAUUGAGACCCUUGUAUCCCAAGGAGGGUAUCAAUGUACCCCAAUCGAGGAAACCUUUGGGCUACUAACAAAACCUCAUCCUUCUAUAUAGUUUGAUGUUUAAAGAUAAGUCAAUUGUUAGCCUUUAAGUAUGGAGAAAUACAUUUUAGCUGUUUAAGACAGAGUUAUUGUGUAUCUUAGGAUAUCACCAUGAAGUGUUCAGGGCCUUCAUACAUGAAACAGUUGUAGGAUCUUGAGCCACAAUGUACACCCAGUGGAUCGGAGACCAAGUUAUCGGCCAUGGCCGUUGUUUUCCCAGGGCAUGGCGAGUCACUGACUGCACAGCCUGCAAGGUAUUUGAAAUCCCAAAUGGUCUAUAAGUCACAGGUGUUGACUGCUCAAGUUGAGUUGUGUUUUAGUUGACAAGUUGUCCAACUGUAAACAUAAUGAUUUAUCUGAUGAUUUAUCUGUGUCUUUCUGUUCCCAAUUUCAUAGAGCUAGUUUUAAGCAGAAAGGGAGCUAGGCACACUAAGCACAACAAAGGUAUGCUUACUAGAAUAAGUUUACCAUGCAAACUACGUUGUCACAUGUACAAUCUGUAACUUACAUCUGCCUCCAUUGCUUAGCAGCAAAUUAUUAAGCAAUAUUUUGCGUAAAUCAUUGGGCAGCUCUUUGGAAUUGUGCCCUGUUUGAAAAACACCUCCAUCCUAACUUCCCCAAAUCCAUUGAUUCUUUGAGUGUGAUUUUGAUCCUGGUUCACUUGGAAGAAGAAAAAACCAAUUUGUGUUGAUUCCAGUCCUAGGUUUGGAUGUAGAUUCCUGGCAUUCUGUUGGCUUAUAGUGGAUCACUGGAAAUGUGAAUGGAUUCUUGUUAAUGCAUUGUACUUAAAGCCAUUAGACACUUUCUGAACAGAACAAAAAUUAAAAG